AUGGCCUACAGCUGCUGCUCUGGAAACUUCUCCUCUCGCUCCCUUAGGAGCUGCCUGCCCUCCUCAGGAUCCUGCCGUGGCUCUUCCUACCCUAGCAACCUGGUCUACACCACCACCAGCUAUUCUCCCAGCACCUGCCAACUUGGAUCCUCUCUGAACAAUGGCUGCCAGGAGACCUGCGUUGAGCCCAUCAGCUGCCAGAGGUCCUGUGUGGUGUCCAGCCCCUGCCAGAAGCCCUGCUACUACCCCAGGAGCUCCACACCCUGCAGUCCCUGCCAGGGGACAUAUGCUGGCUCUCUGGGCUUUGGGUCCAGCAGCUGCAGUUCCCUGGGCUAUGGAUGGAGAAGCUGCUACCCAGUGGGCUGUGGAAAUGGCUUCAGACCACUGAAUUAUGGAAUCUAUAGCUUUCCUUCCAGAUAUUACAGAUCUGCUGUCUGUACUCCACUUUCAUUCCCUUCUAGGGAUUUCUAUUCUUGUUACCAGCCAUUCUAUACAUCUCGCUACUGUUGA